CAGCAGGUCGGCGGCCAUAGCAAGCGCGAGAUGGCGCUCAACAUCGAGGACUGCAAAUGCGCGUAAGUAGGCAGUAGCAAGCUUAAAGCUUUCCCUGUUCAAAUUCUAAGUAAUACGCGUAUUUGAACACAACGCUAGAGCUUGAUUAAUUUCGCAAGCUUUACGAAGCGCUAAACACGGGGCCUUCUUUGUUAGAAGCGCACGUGAUCGCGACCACUCUCCGCCGUUCGAAAGGCCUGCUCUCGGGUGUUUUUGCCAGACGCAAACAAUAACGUGAGUUAUGGCCAGCAGCUUUCACAGACGCGGCAAGCCGGUGUCGCGCAUCAUCCCGGGGAUCAAGUUGUCUCCUUAUAACGCUGAAACAGUUCUGUCUUGCGGGAUUGCGACGUUAGAUUACGUUCUCGGUGGCGGCCUACCCCUCGGCAGCAUUUUACUGGCUGAGGAGGAUGCGUUCGCUACCUACUGCAAGCAGUUGCUCAAGUACUACGUCGCAGAAGGGAUCGAGCAGAGGCACGUCGUUUUCCUAGCCAGUGGUGAGACGGACCCGGUCAAGUUCUUGAAGGAACUUCCGAAAGCAGUAUACGGUGCCGCGGACCCAACAACAAAAACCGUCGCAGCAUCUUGCGGCGAGGGUGAUGGCGACUUGAAGAUCGCGUUCCGCUACCAACACAUGCCGCAACAAGAACCUGUUCCGGACCAGAGAAAUGUCGAUCACAUUUUCGACUUCGGAGAGCGAAUCGAAUCGACUAAGCUGGUUGAUGCUCAGAUAACCACGUUCGAGCCCUGCGUCGAGCGGAAAGUGUCGGGUGUUCGUAGAUCCACGGCGGCACCUUUGGCGGGUGCCUACGUUUCUGUUCUCGGCGAGAUAUUUCAGGUUUUGGAGAAGUCAAAAGCAAGCGAUGGAACCGUUCAGAACGCGGUCAGGAUUAUUCUCUGCGGACUUGGAUCUCCUGCAUGGGGCAACGAGCAAUGCCUGCCCGCGUUUCUGCACGCGCUCAAGUGCCUGACGAGAGGCGAACACGCGAGCGUUUUCGUUACGGUACCGCCAAUUUUGGCCCAGCACCAGCCCUCGGUGUUCUUGCGUUGCCGGCGAUCAGCGGACAUCGUACUGAAGAUGCAGUCCUUCGACGACGCCGAGCGUGGUGCGAAUCCCCUAUACAAGAGUUACCACGGGCUCCUACAAGUGGUCAAGCUCUCUCGGACGUCGUCCUUGAGUGUUCGAAUGCCGGACUGCGACUUUCUUUUCCACCAGAGGAGCAAGAAGUUUGUUCUGGAAAAGCUGCACAUGCCUCCUGAAUUAGGGGGCUCCAAAGACGAUCACCACGAGGGAACUGGGGCCAAAGGCAUGGGGUGUGCUAGUAACCAGAAGUUUGGUUUCUGAAUAUUGCUACAGGAAUACAGCAAAUUGUUUCUGAAAGAGUUCACUCUAUCAUUCUCCUGCAUUGAUUGCUAGAUGCACAUACUGGUGAAAUUGUUGACUUGCACCCUGGGGGCGGAAGAACAAUGUGCAAAGUAAGCAGAGAUAAAGACUCAAAAGAAGGUUGAGACCUUUCUGUCAGCUAUGUUCAUUGUUCUUUCACCAGCUUGCCUACUUUUUAUCCUUGUGUUUAAUUCAGAUGCUGAUAGUUUUGCAACCGACAUUGUACAGUUGUCUUCGAUUGUAGAAAAACAUGAGCAGUGACCUGCCGGCACUGCUAGUUGUGAUGGUGCCUUGCUGGUGAUUGGAGAGCAGGUGCAUUUGUGGAGGAACUGUUGGGAAAGCCAGAAGCCAACUCUUCAUUCCCAAAGAUGCCUCUCCAAGAUAUUGAUUAAACAGCACUCCCAUGUUCACCCUCCUGUUAAAUGCAACUGUCCCUUCUGCUAUGCUUACAUACUGAACAUCUUACUCAAGGUAAGCAGUAUGUAGGUGCAGUGAAGUUGGUUGAAGGGCUUCAUUUACAAGCCUGUCCUAUAUGCAGUGUGUUUCUUUUAGUCUGUCCAGAAUUCAAAAGAAAAAGGGGCAUUUGUGUUGGGGUUAAUUUAUUGUCGGAAAAAAUAUUGCCCUCUUGCACGGCUUCAAACCGAUGCUAAGCGGGCAAGGUGUGGUGUGAUUGCAGUCAACUUUAUUUGUGGAGCUGGCGAGAUUGACAUUGCUUGUGCCUUUUGCCCGCUUAUUUUCGGUUUCAAGCAGCGUACAAGGGUGACAUUUCUCGCCUUGUAGGUUGACAUUGCUAGUGCCUUUUGCCCGCUUAUUUUUUUCGGUUUCAAGCGGCAUACGAGGGUGACAUUUCUCGCCUUGUUGCGCCUACUGAAUUUUUUUAUCGAGAUUUCAGUGCAUGGCACGGCAAGGUGAGAACGGUUGGGAAAAGUUUCACUUAUCCCACCGCCACUCGCCCUGUCGUUGAUAAACGAAGAACCAUAGGAGCGGAGACGGUGGCAGGUACUGUAGGCCUUGGUGCUGUUGUUACCACAUUGUUCUGGUCAUUGUGUUUGUGCAUCGUGCAGUUUUAACAAAAAAAGUAAGUGCAUUAAAAUAAAAAUGUUGUCCCGCUUUGCAACUUUUACAAAUCAACAUGCUUAUUUUUUUAUUACACAUCAACAUCUCGGUCACUUGUGAUGUGCUCCUGCCCUGACCGAUUCAUAUUUGUAACCAAGUGCAUUAAUUUUAGCACACUGACCAGUGAAAUCUAGCAGGCGCAUGGGAAAUCCUGGAAAGUCAUCCCAGUCUCUUCCGCCAUUUUUAAACUGCUGCCUAACCAUAUAUGGACCGUUGAAGUGUUAUAUGAUUGUAUUGAGAAUGACCAUCGAUCCUCAAUAUAGAUUAUGCCCCCAAACUUGAAAAUUUUAAAAUGUUAAUUGAAAUGCUUCGUUGAUUCGCUAAUUCACCCAUAUUGUCUCUUUUCUAGUGGUUUCCAUGGCCCCAAUUUGGCCCCAGGGCUAAAAUAACACGUAUGCAAGUUCCUUAUUCUUCAUUCUGGACCGACUAAAAAAAAAUGCCCUGCAUAGUUUGUAUUGUUAGUCAACACAAACAGUUGUGUGCUACUGACUUCAUGCUUUGUGUAUUAUCACCUUGCUGUCGGAUGCAUAAAGUAUGUAGUAAAUAUUUCUGACGUCUAA